UCUGAUCACUCUGACUAACCGACGUUGUGGAUUCAUCAUCCAUGACCUCACAAGCUGCCUGGAUAUAUAAGCUGGGGCACACUGCUCUCCAGAAAUCAAAUUCAGACCUCAAGAAGUUGACCUAAGUUUGUCAGCAAAGAUCUUGUGCCUUGACCGACUUCCCCAACCCAAGCAUGCUGCCCGGGAGAGAAGCUGCUGUCCGGCAGUGCGUGCUGACGAUCCGCUGGCUGCCUGCAGCUCUGGUGCUGCUCCUGCUUCUCUCCUCCAGCUUCAGCCGUGCUCACAGCACCACGGUGGAGCACGACUUUCACAUCGUUCACAAUGUAGAUAACAGAAGUCCAGAGAUAGACCCGUUCUGGUACGUGGGCCGUGGAGUGCGACCCAUAGGGCGCUUCGGGAAGAGACACAGCAGCGUGGAUGCUCUUGGAAACAGCGGGAUGCAGCCUGUCCUCAGGACACUGGAGCUGCUGCUCAACAGCCUAAGAAACAAAGAAAACCUUGGAAAAGUAAUCAGUGGAGAGGAAAAUGAUUGGUUACCAUGAUGAAAAGUUCUCACCUUCUGUCCACAAACUUUUUUUAUUAUCUGAAAUGAAGUUGUACAUUCGUUUUAUUUUGAUAUAAGCUAUAAGCUUAGUCACAUCUGUGUAACUCAUUCUCUCAAGAGUAUCUGUACAUAAGACAAUGCAAUGUAUAUUGAUUAAUAAAUAAGGAUGUGUUGUUAGGAUAUCAGCUGAUCUUGUUUUGUUAUGUUUGCAAGAACAAAGCAAAAAGUAUGCUUGAAACAGAAGUUAUUUUUAAGUUUGCAAAUUUUAUUUCGUAAUACAUUUCAUUUCUGAGAGUAUUGUGGCACAUAGAGAAUCUUUAGUUUUUGCAUUUUAAUAUUUUCCCUAUCAUGUCGUAUGGAUUGCAACAGACAGUUACACAGAAAAGGUGAAUGGCCCACCUUAGGAGCUGUGCACAGUGAAAACAUCUUCUUUGUUGCUCAGGCUGGAUUUAAACAGGGUGAAAAGUAUUAUCUGUUUCUAUUUCUCUUUCACUCACUUUCAUUAUCAGAACCCCGGAGUAGGAUUAAGUUACAGUUAUUCCACAGCUAUAAUUUUACUUCCUCUAUAAAUCCAGCCUCAUAAGUUCUAGCUAUUUUAAAAAUUUUUUUUCAGUCUCUUGCACACAACACUAAUAAAAAGUCUGGGCAUUAAACAGGUUGUAUUAUAUCAUAUCCAUCUCUUUUUUGACACAUAUACAUAUACAACAUUUUGAUGAGAUAUUAUUUGUUUACAUUAGAAAAAUACUGGACACCGAUGAUUGGACCCUUGCAGAUGUGCUUUUCAUGAAAAACUUUACAUCAAUCCCAUAAAACCAGAAACAUGCUUUUAUACUACAACACCUUUGGAGAACAAGACUGACAAAAGUACAGGAUCAAUGUGCGCAAACUGAAAGAUGUGAAAGGCUGUGAUGAAAAGAUCACUAAUAGAAGAGGGAAGAGCAUUCAUACAGAGCAUCAUCACAUCUUUUAUGAAGUCCAUCAGGACAUCCAACCCUGUUUUUAUGUCUCGCCUAAGCAAAAAAAACAAGGUGCAUGGCUAAAUUAGAUUCUGACUUAUGUAAGUCAUCACUAAGUAAAGAAAAGUUUCCCAGAAUGAAAGGCAGUCUCUUCAAAUCUAGUGUCUAAGGACAGCACAAGUACAGCGUGAAUCACACUGGGCACUCAACGCCUUUUGUUGCCACUUAUGUUUUUGUAACACUUCUGAUAAAU